AGUGCAGCGAUAGUUCCAGCACUUGUCAGCAUUGCCAUCGGAGAGGCCCUCUGCUGUUCACAUGAGGACGUCCCUCAUGAAGGGAUCAAGUUCUGGACUCCUGGAGACAGGGAAGAGGGUCCCUUGUGGGCUGUGGAGGCGGAGUGGCUGGUGUCGUGGUUCAGCCCUGACCACCUUUCUGCUCUCCUGCCCACAGGCUAUUACUGCCCUAGCCCCACAGGCGAGUACACUGAUCACAGUCCUGGGGGGGAUUUUGAUUUCUUCUCGCGCCUGGUGAGCUCCUGGGAGGCUGCAGCUCUCGUCCCUGGGAGCCCGGCUCGCGGUGUUGUGGUGAGAUCUGGGGUGGUGCUGGGCCGGGGUGGUGGUGCGAUCUCCCAGAUGCUCUGGCCUUUCUGCCUGGGACUAGGGGGCCCCAUGGGCUCUGGGCUCCAGCCCUUCCCGUGGAUCCACGUUCGAGACCUGGCUGGGAUCGUGUGUCACGCCCUGGAGAGCGAGUGCCUGCAGGGUGUCUUCAACGGUGUCUCCCCAUCCUCCGCGGCCACCUCCAACGGCACCUUUGCUCAGGAGCUCGGCGCAGCCCUGGGGCGCCCGGCGCUGCUGCUGACGCCUGUGUGGGCCGUGCGGGCUGUCUUUGGGGCAGAGCGGGCUGUCCUGCUGCUGGAGGGUCAGAGGGUGGUGCCAAAACGCACCCUGGAGAGCGGCUUCAUCUUCCCUGACCUGCCUGCGGCUCUGAAGGACAUUGUGGCUUGA